AUGUCAUCCUCCAUCCUACACCAGUGCCCCUUCUGCAGCCACAUCUCCGACAUCUCUCUCUCCCUCGCCUCGUUCAUCGAGAACCCCCACUGCGCACAGUGUGGUCUCUCCGUCUCCGAAAGCAACACCAAGCUCCAAGAUGAACUAUCAGCCCUAUUCGACCGACAAAUGACCAUGAACCAACAUACCCCUCCACAGCCCCAAACCCAGCCCAUCAAUUCUACUCCUACACCUACCACCUCGCAACAACCCAUUUCCUACAGCAUCACCCAGCACUACCACCACUCCGCCCACGUAGCCCCUCCAACUCAACCUACACCCACAGACCAAGCCCAAACCCAAGCCCUAAACACCCUCCUCCUCCAACACGGAAUAAACCCGUCCACCCUCUCCGACUCCCAACUCGACCUCAUCAAACACGCCGACUCCCAGCAACAGCAACGUCUCCUCCAGACAUGGCAAGUCUACGCUUCCUACGGCAUGACGCCUCAGUCCCAAUCCAACGAUACCGAAAUGGACGACUCCAUGGACGAGGACAAAGGUCCCGAUGCGGAGCCGUAUAUGGUAUCUGGCUAUGAGUCUGCGUCUACGGCGUUACCAAGGGAACCGUCUACUGGCGAGCCGUACGCUGCGUCUACGGAUCCAGUGUACAGGAGUCAGCAGUGGUGGGAGGUUGCCCCUGGUUCGGUGGAGUCGCAGUACGGAUUGUUCGAGGAGAGACAGAGGUAUUCCAGGAUGCACGGUUGUGCGGGUGUGCAGACGCCGCAGUGGUUGUGUCCGAAUUAG